AUGGCCCUCCUGCUCUCUUUACUGACAGCCCUGGUGGUGUUCAGUUGUGGCCCUGCUCCAUCUCUGGGUUGUGAUCUGCCUCAAAACCACACCGUGGCUAGUGAGAAGACCGUUGACCUUCUGGACCAAAUGCAGAGAUGCCCCACUUUCUUCUGUCUGGAUGACAGAAAGGACUUCAGGUUCCCCCAGGAGAUGGUAGAUGGCAGCCAGCUCCAGAAGGCCCAGGCCAUCGUUUUCCUCCACGAGAUGCUCCAGCAGAUCUUUGAACUCUUCCGUACAAUGGACUCCUUUGCUGCUUGGAACACUACCCUCCUGAACCAGCUCCUCAAUGGGCUCCCUGAACAGCAGGAAGACCUGGAGACCUGCUUCAUGCAGGCAAUGGAAGAGGGAAAAUCUGCCCUGCCCAUUGAGGGCCCUGCACUGGCUGUGAAGGAGUACUUUGAGGGAAUCCGUUUCUAUCUGAAAGAGAAGGAAUACAGUGACUGUGCCUGGGAAGUUGUCAGAGUGGAAAUCAGGAGAUCCUUCUCUUCAUCAACAGCCUUGCAAGAAAGGUUAAGAAGAAAGGAUGGUGACAUGAGUUCAUCUUGA